AUGCUGCGUUUCUUCGCGCUUUCGCUUCUUCUGCUCGCGUGUCACCAUACCGGGUCGAGCCUCGAGAGAGGCAGGAGGUAUCUGGUGUUCCCGAAGCCGGGGAGUGUGACGCCGACUAAAGUGCAGUUAAUCCUCGGCCUCGGUUUACCCAUGGAAGUCGACGUCAGCAUGAUUAUCGGAUAUGUGAUGAAAUUUAAUUACGCCCUGCCCUAUAACGCCUCCUACUUGACGGAUUCAUACGUUCGCUAUGACAGAUCGAUCAGCCCCGGUGUCGAGGUCGACGAGGAUGACGAGCCGAAACCGGAUCACCAAGGAGUGGCACGCGUGAUCACCAGAUGGGAAAUUUACGAAAUCCUGGAGUCGGUGCUCGGUGAUUCGAGAUCGGGCAAGGCCUGCCUUUUGAGGGCGAUCUGCGAGGCUUCCGAGGCGCCUUUCAGCCGAGUUCACGGUCUCAGCUCUCGGCUCGUUCAUCUUCUCCUCACACCGUCGACCACCUCGGAGCCAUUCAGGACUGACUUUGAUCGAGUGUAUCACGCCGCUGAAAUUAUGGGCCGACGAGGACUCAGCCCUUGCGAUAGUUUAUUCCCCGAAUGCACGGAGAGCCCUCUGGAUUACUUCACCGAGGUCCUCGAACGGCCGUUCGCCUAA